AUGCCUCAGCCCUUGGAGCGUCGAUUUCUGCGAUUGGCCCGAGAAUUGGGCGUGUGCUAUAUCACCAUAGCUCGGCGUCCAACUCAGAGCUUGAAAGACGAGCACACACGGAUGCUGGUAGUGCAUGGGGCACAUGGUGAGGAUACCAGAGGCUGGAAGCUUUUCGAUCUCCAAGCAAAACGUGAGGUGGCGAUAAGGCCACGAGUACGCUCGUCUGCCGAAGCUUUCCAGCGUCUGGAUGCUUUUUUCGAGGAUUUCGAGGCACCGCACGAGCACCAAUUGGCAGACGUGCCGAACCACCCUUCGACGAGUUCAACUUCUCCUCGAAGUCGCUCUCCACGGCGAGUGUCGGCACUCGAGACAGUGACAAAGCGCUGGAGGACACGUGCGUCGCGCCUUUGGGCAACUCUUCAGCUUGGCCUGCUCACAUCUGGCAGAAGGAGAACCAUCUUACAAAAAGUUGGCUUGAUAUUGCUUCUGCUGCACACGCGAACCAAGCUGUACUGGAGAUUCUGUCGAGCUCUCGCAGGCAGCAUCCGUGCAUCUUUGACGAGAGAUGUGGGUGGUCUGGUGCGGGAGGUUUGCCUGGGUUUCCUGAUGGUCCUUGGUGGUGGUGUGGCUGAUCAGCUCCUCAGGUAUCAGGUGAAUCUCACCACUGUGGAACUCUGGAGCGGGGCAAUCACACAUCUGCAGCGGAAGCUGCUUCGCGAGCUGACAUUGAUGCGUGUUAGCGAGGAGGUGUCUGAACCUUUCCAGCGCUUGGCAGAGGUUCGAAGCCUCUUUGAGGGCCUUGGCGCCGCUGGCUGCGACUCCUUGCCGUCCUUGGCCCAACUCGCGUUCGUCGCACCUGUUUUGGUUCGGAGUCUCAAAGCUUGGUCGCUGGUUUUACCAGUGCAGCUUUUACUACUCCGAUGGCUGCAACACAUCCUGGAGGCUGGGCAGCAAAAGGCUGCGGAGCGUGAGACGCACUUCCAGGCACAGCACUGCAGACUGCGAGAAAGGGCAGAGGCCCUGGCUUUGUCCUGUAGGAGUAUUGCAGAGCAGCAGCACCUGGAAGAUGAGUUCGAGGAGCUAGCUCAGCAGGGCUUGGACGUGCCGAUUCUCGACCUGUUGAAGCACAUUGCCUAUACCUGUGUGGCAGAUUUUCGACAGAUGCCGUCCUGUGUGGUCCGCCUGCUGGCGCUGCUUCUUUUCUCAGUGAAGUUUUCCAACCCCUGCGCACAAACUGGGGCUGCCUCAGCGGAGGUCAUGUGUGCUGCAUUUCUCUUCGACAGGAUGAUGCAGGCGGCAUUCAUAGCGGUGCAGCAAAUAGCCAAAGGCUGUGAACGAGCAGAGCAGUUGGAUGCGCAAUGCUCCUGGGACUUGGCAGGCAGUGAACAUCUUUAUUGUGUGCCAACAUCGCAGAAAGACCAUGAAGACCCCGCGUAA